CGGCCCCCUCGCCAUUCCCGGACAGAGGCCGGGACCCUCCGUGGGGGCGGGCGAGGCCAGGGCUCCCCUCGGCCACGAGGGGGGCGGCUUCUCCCUCCCUGCCAGACACAACCCCGGGCUGCCGUCCGCGCUCUCCUCGCGCCAACUUCGCCCCGGGUGCGGAGAGACGCCGCGGCUGCCAGCCCUUGCCCAGGCGGCCCAGCCCCGGCAUCCCGGCUAGCGACGACGAAGCCCCGCGCGCCCCUGGACUCUCCCUCCCCUCCCUCCCCUCCCUCCGUCCGGCUGGGGCGGGCUCCGGAAAGCCGCCGGGAGGGAGUAUAAAGGCGGCUGGCGGAGCGCGAGGGUCCGCAGAAGAGAAAGCGGGAAUGCCGGAAAAAGCCGCCAUGCCUCUGCACUGCCUCCUGUUGCUGCUGACCUGGCUGGGCACAGCCUCUGGGGCUGCCCACACCCCUGCCUGCAAGAUGAGGAUCACGGACAAGGGCCUCGCGCUGGUGAAGGAGGAGGGUCUGCGCUUCGUGGAGCAGGAGCUGGAGAGCAUCUCCAUCCCCGACCUGCAUGGCAAGCAGGCCCAGUUCCACUACAACAUCAGCAACGUGAAGGUGACUCACCUGCAGCUGAACUUCUCGGAGCUCCGUUUCCAGCCGGAGCAAUUCCUGGCCUUCCGGAUCAACAACGGCUCCAUCGGGGUGCGAUUCCGGCGGCAGCUGCUCUACUGGUUCUUCUAUGACAUCGGCUCCAUCAAGGCGUGGGCCGAAGGGGUGAACAUCCACACGCAGCUGAGGCUCUCCCGGGACCAGGGCGGCCGGCUCAAGAUCGCCAACAUGAGCUGCAACGCCUCCAUCGCCCGGAUGCACGCCGGAUUCAGCGGCACCCUCCGAAAGGUCUAUGAAUUCGUGGCCAUACUCAUCACCUCAGGGAUGCGCUACAUAAUCAGUCAACAGAUCUGCCCUGCGCUCAACCACGCUGGGCUGGUGCUCCUCAACUCCCUGCUGGACACGGUGCCCGUGCGCAAUCCCGUGGACGAGUACGUGGGCAGCGACUACUCCCUUCUCAACGACCCCCGUGUCACCCCAGAGAACAUAGACCUGGAUUUUAAGGGCAUGUUCUUCCCUCUGCGGAACGAGAACGAGACCCUGCCCAACGCAGCCCCGGAGCCCCUCCUGAGGGAGACGGAGCGGAUGGUCUACAUGGGGCUCUCCGAGUACUUCUUUGACUCCGCCCUCUUCUCCUACUACCGGGCGGGGGUCCUGAACAUGGAGUUUGCAGGGGACGAGGUGCCAAAGGAUUUGCAGGUUUUGCUGAGAGCCUCUUUCUUCGGAAGCAUCGUGCUGCUGAACCCCGAUGUGGUGGACGCACCCCUGACCUUAAAGCUGCAGGUGACCGAAGCCCCCCGCUGCACCAUCCGGACCUCCGGCACCUCCGUCUCCGUCUCCGCCCUGCUCAACAUCUUCUUGGCCCCCCUGAACCAGCCCCCCGUUCUGCUUUCCAGCCUGACGAUGGAAUCCCGCUUAAGCGCCAAGGUGGUCCUUCACGGCAAGGCUCUUCGGGUGCAGCUGGACCUCCGAAGGUUCCGGAUCUACUCCAACCAGUCAGCCCUUGAAUCCUUGGCACUCCUCCCGCUGCAAGCCCCCCUGAAAACCCUCCUACAAAUGACCAUCAUGCCCUUCAUCAACGAGAAGACCAUGAAAGGGGUCCGGAUCCCCCUCCCCGAAGGCAUGGACUUCACCAAGGAGACCAUCCGGAGCCACUUGGGCUACCUCACCAUCGGAGCAGACCUGCACUUCAGCAAAGGGCUACGAGAGGUCAUCGAGAAGCUCCGGGCCACACCGGGCCCUUCUCUGGCCUCCAGGGCUGCCUAGGGCCCCGGAUCCCGUCCCUCACCUGGCCCCAACCACACCCUGCCGGACACGAAGGUCCUUGUAAGCCUCUGGGGCAGCUGAAUAAAGAGCUUCGCUGCCCGA